GGCCUCUGAGAAUGUGUGCCUCUUGUGGCGGUGUCAUGGACUCCAACUGGACAGCAGCCACACCUGAACGCAGAACAGGGAAUGCUCUCCCGACCUACAGGAUGCAGUCUGAGGCAGGACACUUCAAAUGCAGUGUGUCUGGGCUGCGCUGGGUUUGUAAGAAAAAAGUCAAUUUCACAUACCAGUUUAGAUCUUGGGAGGAACACAGACAGAAGCUGAAUAUGGUGCAUUGCAAACCAGGAGGUCCCCUGAUGUAUAUCACUGUCACUGACGGAGAGCUUGAUGAAGUGCAUCUCCCACACUGGGUCUGUGUAGAUGGCUUCCCUAAAGUUUCAGACAAGUUUGCAGUUCUACACAAAGGACAAUCUGGAAACUUUCUAGAAGAAGUGUCUGAGGUCACAUCCUCACAUGUCAGAUUACUCCAGCCCAGCAGCUUCUCUACAAAUGGAGUCCUGGUAACAGCUGAAUCUCCAGUGAAAGCCCACUGUAACGUGUUGAUUUAUCAGACGAACCAGAAGAAACUCACACUACACAUUCAUCUGAUUGCUCAUGAUCCUGCUCGACAACAGGAAUUGGAGCAAAUGGAAAGGGCCCGUGGAUCCAGAAUGAUUCAAAAGCCAAACCCAGAGAAGUCACUAAAAAUGCUGGCUUCAUACAUCCUCACAACUGAUGCAGACGCUGCAAAAAUUUCUCCUGUGGUACUCGGUACACCAAAUUUCUUUAAGGUGUUCAUUAAAAAUGCAGACAGUGACUUCAAGCUCACACUACAAGAUGAAAAGAAGCACAUUGUAUGGACCUGUGCAAUUUCAAAAGAUGAGUACCAAAACUAAAACAGUGGAGACAAACACCAUGAGGAGGUAACAAAAGGAGGAGCAUUCUGAAGAAUUACAUCACACUGAAAUUGUAAGAGAAGAGUCACAAAAUGACUGAACAUCUGUAUAUUCUGACUUAAGUCUUCGCAAAGAAUCUAUUCUGUGAUUUAUUUUAUAUCUUAGGUUCCAGAUUUUAGCUUUUUUUUUUUUAAAUGAUUUUAAAUUUAAUUUGAAUUUCUGAGAUUCAUGAAACUAUAAGAAGCAACACACAAACAAAGAAAACAAAGAAAAAAUAUAUUCUUACUGUAAAAUAAUUGCAAUAUUGGGCUUUUCAAUGUUAUCUUUCCUUUCUUCAAUAUAAAUAUUCAUUGUUUUGCAAGACAUGUCAAGAAAACCCAAUUAAAUGGUGAAGGACACACUUUGGUGCAUUUUUUAAAGGCACAGAUUAUGUUGUUUUAAAUGUGUUUCAUAUUGCAUUGCACAGUUUUUAAGAAAACAUGUAUGGAAAAACGUGACUUGAGGUUUUGCUGCAGUGUGUUUGACUAACGACUAAGAAAACAAUAACUAUAUAUUAAUGUUAUUAAUGAAAAGAUUGAAGGUUUGUUCUGUUUGAUUAGUACAACCAAAAAACCCAACGAAAUGUCAUCAGCUAAAUGGUUAGACCAGAAUAAUGACAUGACAAGUGUUUUAAUAUAAGAUGGGUCAAUUACUUUAAUCCUGUGUCAUUGAUUUUUUUUUCCCCAUGUUACCUCUGUCCUUUUUUAAUUUUAUCUCUAUAACAAAAUAAGUAUAGUCUGUAUCUCAUCUGUUUUCAUUUUCUCAUGAGUCAAAAAAAAAGAAAAUCAAAAUAGAUCAGUAAUUGAUGAUUGUAAACAUCUACAACUGAGACAUUUUCUUACUUUCUUAAA